AUGUACCCCAACCCCCCGUGCUGUCCCUCCAGGCUGUCCUGUGCCCUCAGGGCCACCUCAUUAUAUGGGAUCGAUGCUCCAGGUUCUAUUUUGGGUGGGGGACCCCAAAACUCAGAGGAGCCCAGGGAGCUGGAACCCUAAAACCAGAAGAGGCAGAACCCCAGAGAGCCAGAACACCCCAAAACCCGGAGAGCCAGAGCACAGAAUUCCAGAGAGCUGCAGCCAGGACAGCAGAGACACAGAGCCCUGAAAUCAGAGAUCCCAGAACCCCUGGAGCCCCUGGGCCCAGCAGCCCCUCCCGGGGGCAGGAGCCACUUCCAGCCCCGUGUCCAGCCAGGAGGGUCCCUCACCCCAGAGCAAGCAGUGGCAUGUGGCAGGUGUGACCCUCCCCACCUGUGCCAGGUGACCAUGGAGCCGUGUCCGGGGCAGCCCCAGGAGGCCCUGCUGACGGUCAACGAGCAGGUUAUUGUCAUGUCCAGCCAUGAGACCAUCCGGGUGCUGGAGGUGGGAGUGGAUGGGGACCCCAAAACGGCCGGGGAGGGAGCGGGGGGGUCCCCGGCACAGGGGGGCCCCCCAGGUGUGGAGGACGCUCCCUCCAGCACCCAGAGCUCGUCCGGCGGGGAGGUGGCAGGUAAAGCCAAAGCAGAGUCGCCCACCUCCGUCCCCUCGAGCCACGCCCCGUGCCAGCUGGGCGUGACCCACCUGGCCGUGCAGGCCACGCCACAGGUGUUGGCUCAGGAAAGCUUAGCCACAGGUGUGACAGGAGUAAUGGUUCCGGCAGGGACAGUUACUCAACCUCUUCUUAUCCCCAUCAGUAUUGCAGGUCAGGUGACAGGCCAGCAGGCGCUGGCCCUGGUGACAAUUCCCACAGCAACGCUCGCCGCGCUCCCGGGACUGACGCCGGCGGCACCUGCGGGGGCGAUUUUCAAACCGCCCGUAGCCAAUCUCACAGCCGCCGCCGUGCUCAGCCCGGCCAUCCCGGCCGUCCCGGCGGUCCCGGCGCCGCGGCCGCCCCCGCCGCCCCCGGGGCAGCCCCCGCUGCUGCCCCAGCCCCCCCCGGCGCCCACCCCCCCAAAGGACCCCCCGAUGGCCGUGCAGCCCCCGAUGGCCGUGCAGCCCCAGAUCACCGGACUGGCCUUUAACCCCGGCAUACUCACAGCGGCUCUGGGGGUGCAGCCACAGAUCCUGGGGUCCCUCAGUGCCCCCCCCGUGAUCUCCAACCCCCUCCCCAGCGUCCAGGGGAUCCCGGGGCAGCUCCUGACCAACACCCAGGGCCAGGUGAUCGGGACCCUGCCGUGGGUCGUGGCCCCCUCCGGGGUGGCCGCGGCCGCCCCUGCACCAGCCCCGCCCAGCCUGCAGGUGACACCGGUGACACCGCAGCUGCUGCUCAAUGCGCAGGGCCAGGUCAUCGCCACGCUGGCCACGGGGGCCACACUGACCACGGGGGCCACGCUGGCCACCGCCCCCCCCGCACCAUCCCCCAGCAAGAAAAAUGGGCCUGCUGAGCCCCCCAUCAAGAGUGAGGUCCAGCCCAUCCAGCCAGCUCCGGCCGGCAUGGGGACAAGCCCCGUGGCCAAGGUGUCACCGUCCCCAGUGCCCAUCACCUGCUCUGAGACCCCCACCGUGAGCCAGCUGGUGUCCAAGCCACCCGCCCCACCCAGUGCAGAGGAGGAUGGGAUCAACUUGGAGGAAAUCCGGGAAUUCGCCAAGAACUUCAAACUGCGGCGCCUCUCGCUGGGGCUCACCCAGACCCAGGUGGGACAAGCCCUGACGGCCACCGAGGGUCCUGCCUACAGCCAGUCGGCCAUCUGCAGGUUCGAGAAGCUGGACAUCCCCCCGAGUGUCCCCUUGUCCCCGUGUCCCCGCAGGUUCGAGAAGCUGGACAUCACGCCCAAGAGCGCUCAGAAGCUGAAGCCGGUGCUGGAGAAGUGGCUGCGGGAGGCGGAGCAGCGGCAGCGGGAGGGGCAGCAGCACCUGCUGGAGUUCGUAGGGGGCGAGCCGGGCAAGAAGCGCAAACGCCGCACGUCCUUCACCCCGCAGGCGCUGGAGGCGCUGAACGCGCACUUCGAGCGCAACGCGCUGCCCACGGGCGCGGAGAUCACGCGCAUCGCGCAGGAGCUGCGCUACGAGCGCGAGGUCGUGCGCGUCUGGUUCUGCAACCGCCGCCAGACCCUCAAGAACACCAGCAAGCUGAACGUCUUCCAUGUGCCCUGA